AUGGACAAUACGCAGACAUCCCUGUUGGUGGAAUCAAAGCACUCGAAUUGGUUGACAAUAGGAAGUAGCACUUCAAAGUUUUCAACAGUGAACAAAUCUCACCGCCUUUUGGCUAGGGAAGCUCAUCACAAUGGUGUUUCAAGAAGAACCCCAAUUUGUUUCAAAUUGAAUUUCCUUGGGAGAUUUGGCGAAUCUGAUAAAUGUGGAAAAAGACUGAAGCAUUUUCUUCCAGAUGAGUUCGGAUCUUAUCAGACUCCUUUCGAGAGGCCUAAACUGAAGGAAAUUCAAUCUCCCAAUCUCACUUUCUUAAAUACUGUUUGCGAACAGAUGGAAGAAAAGGAGAGUGAUGUUGAUGAAGUUCCAAGAUGGUGUGUAGGAGGAGAUUUUAAUGUGGUGGAGGGUUGGGAGGGUUAUAAAAUUUUGUACAAGUUAAAAGCUAUCAAAAGAAAGUUGCAAAGAUGGAGUAAGGAAAUUUUCGGUGAUGUCGAGAAACAAAUUAAGGAUGCUGAGGCUAGCAUAGAGGAUUUAGAUAGGAGAGAAGGGUUAGAAGGGCUAGAUGUUGCUGCUAAAAGAAGGAAAAGUUACUUUUCCUUGUGGAAGAUCUGGCUUAUAAGGAAGAAGUCAAGUGGAGACAGAGAGGUAAAGUGGAAUGGGCUAAAGAAGGGGACGUCCCUGUUUAGUAGCAACGAAGAGGCAUGUUGGGGCUUGGAAGGCAUCAAUUGGGCCUCAAUAAGUGAAUCUGAAGCAGCUUGGGUUGAGAGACCUUUUGAGGAAUCGGAAGUACAAAGAGCAGUCUUUGAUUGUGGAAGGGUUAAAUCGCCAGGACCAGAUGGUUAUUCCUUGCAAAUGUUUCAACAUUUUUGGGAAUUCUUGAAAGUGGAUAUUGUGAAGGUCAUGGAGGAGUUCUUUGAGACAGGGAUAAUAAAUGCGGUGACAAAUGAAACAUUUAUUUGCCUAAUUCCGAAAAAGUCAGAUUCUUUGAAAGUGACGGACUACAGGCCUAUAAGCCUAGUUACUGGUUUAUACAAAAUUGUGGCGAAAACCCUAGUUUCAAGAUUAAGGGAGGUUAUGGGCAGCACAAUCUCUCCACAUCAAGGAGGUUUUGUUAAAGGCCGACAAAUUUUGGAUGCUGUCCUUAUUGCAAAUGAGUUGGUAGAAGAGGUAAGGCAGAAGAAAGAGGAGGGAUUGAUGUUCAAAAUCGAUUUUGAAAAGGCAUAUGAUCAUGUUGAGUGGAGAUUUUUAGACGAAAUUUUACAAAGAAAAGGCUUUGGCAAUAGAUGGAGGAAAUGGGUGCAAGGAUGCCAAAAUUCUGCAAAUUUCUCCAUUUUGAUCAAUGGGAGGCCUAAGGGAAAAUUUCAUGCUUCAAGAAGAUUGAGACAAGGUGACCCACUGUCACCUUUUCUUUUUACCUUAGUAGUGGACGUCUUGAGUAGAUUAAUGGAGAAGGCUCACGAAAACCAUCUGAUCAAAGGUUUAGGCAUUGGGCAAGAAAGGGUGGAGAUCUCUCAUCUUCAAUUUGCUGAUGAUACCAUUUUCUUCUUGGCGGAAGAUGAGGACGUUUGGAACAAUUUAUUAGAGGUGCUCAAUUUAUUUUGUACUAUUUCAGGGUUGAAAAUCAACAAAGCAAAGUGUUCUAUGGCUGGAAUAAACUCAGAUUGUGAGAAAUUAAAAGGGAUGGCAGAUUCUUGGGGUUGUGAGGUGGGUAGUUGGCCAAUAAAGUACUUGGGUCUCCCUCUUGGGGGUAGGCCAAAAGCACUUAUGUUUUGGGAUCCAGUGGUAGAAAAAAUGGAAAAAAGACUUCAAAGUUGGAAGAAGGCCUUCUUAUCCAAAGGAGGUAGAUUAACUUUGAUUCAAUUUGUUUUGGGAAGCUUGCCAAUCUACUACAUGUCCUUGUUCAAAAUUCCUUGCGGGGUGAUUGGACGCCUAGAAAAACUAAUGAAAGGGUUUCUUUGGGAAGGGGUGGAGGAAGGAAAGAAAAACCACUUGGUGAAAUGGGAGAUAGUUAUUAAAAGUAAGGAGGAAGGGGGUUUAUGUGUGGGGAAUUUGAGGAAUCAGAAAGAAGCGUUACUGGCUAAGUGGUUGUGGAGAUUCCCAAAGGAACCAAAUUCUCUCUGGCACAAGGUGAUAAGAAGCAAGUAUGGGCUGCAGGAUAAUGGGUGGAAUGCAAAUCCUCCAUUGCGAGGUUCAAGUCGCAGCCCCUGGAAAGAUAUUUCAUGUGGUCUCCAAUCGUUUCUACAAUGCUGCAAGUUUGAGGUGGGCAACGGGGAGAGGGUGAGGUUUUGGGAGGAUGGUUGGUUGGAAGGGGGACCAUUGAAAGAACAAUAUCCUAGAUUAUUCUUGCUAUCGAGAAUGCACAACCAGAACAUCUCUAGUUUUGUGGAUCUUUCUAUCAAUUCUUUGAGUUGGAAUUUUGAUUUCAGGAGAAAUUUGAAUCAGGUGGAGACAGAAGAGGCGGCUAGAUUAUUACAGAAAGUGGAAAAUGUUCGCUUGUCUCAAUCAAGAGCGGAUGAUAGAAGGUGGAAACUGGAAUUAUCAGGAUUGUUCGCUUGCAAAUCCUAUCGCUCUUCCUUGAGCAACAAUGGGAUUGUGCAACAUUUUCCACCCUCUUCUCAGAUUUGGAAAUCAAAAGUUCCUCCGAAGGUCAAAGUUCUUGUGUGGCUAGUGGCUAUUGGGAAGCUCAACACUUGUGAUCAAAUUCAAAGGAGAAGUCCUUUUGAGGUUAGAGUUAGUUGGGUCAUUCCAAAGGGUUGUUUCAAGCUUCUAAGCACCAAUUUUGAGGCUCUAGGAAUUGGGAGGAAAGCUAAAGCUUUGUUGGGUUGUCUGGUGUCGGCAGUUUUUUGGAACAUUUGGUUGGAGUGUAACAAAAGAAUUUUUGAGGAUUAUACUGGUGUGGGGGUAGUAAAUCUAUGGGGAAGAGUAAGAUAUUGGGCAGCCCUCUGGGUUUCAGUUUCGAAUGAUUUUAAGAAUUACUCUCUCACAUAUUGUGGGAUAUAUUAG